CUAGUCAUAUUUUACAUUUAAUGUGUCAUUGAGGGGAUUUAAGGAAAUAGCUAGAGUUGUGACGACAGCACGAAUGUGACUUCUAUGCAGAAGAGCAACAGACUGACAUGGCACAAAGUCCGUCAGAAAUGUGUGAAAUGCAGCUGAAUGGAGCUUCAGAGCUGAUGGAUCUGCUUCACAUAGACGUGGAGGCUGAUGUAGUGGACGACAGGCCAGGAAGAGAAGACGCACUGUAUUCAAGGAAUGUACUGAGGAAGCAGCGACACUGGGAGAAGCAGCUGGCUGCAAAGAAGAGCAAGAGGAAAGAAGAGAAGCAGAGGAGGAAGCUAAAUCGUGAGCAAGAGUCAGGUGCCAGCACAGAGCCUCAGUUUACCAAACGAGUCAUGAAGGCGAUCACCAAAGAGCGUUUAGCCGAGGCUCAGUCCACAGGGCUCAAACUCUGUGUUGAUCUGAGUAUGACGGACUGCAUGUCUGACAAGGAGAUAAGCCGACUGGCCGGCCAGUUAAGACGGUUGUACGGGUCAAAUAAGAAGGCCGCUCGACCAUUUCAUUUGUUUCUGACAGACCUGAAAGAGGACAGCCGCCUCUACAGAGAGUGUGUACGAAUGAAUGAGGGCUUCCUCAACUACAUGAUGGACAUAACAGAGGAAAGCUGUCUGGACAUGUUUCCUGCAGAAACUGUCAUCUACCUCACUCCGGAUGCUGAACAAGCUUUGGAGACAGUUGAUGCUGACAAAGUGUAUGUCCUCGGUGGUCUUGUGGAUGAAAGCAUCCAGAAGAAGUUGAGUUUCUCUAGAGCCAGACAGCUGAGCGUCCACACGGCGAGGCUGCCCAUAGACGAGUACAUGGUGAAGAAAACCAACGUGAAGAAUUUCCACUCAAAGAUCCUGGCAGUCAAUCAAGUGUUUGACAUCUUGUUGACUCUCUGUGACACCGGCAGCUGGACAGAAGCCUUCCAGACCUGGUUCCCUCUGGGGAAGGGUUAUGUUGUUGCACCGGAAUCCCCGCCACUCAGCGCAACACAGACUCAGAAUGAGGAUUAAUGAUGGUUUUUACUCAUGCUUUGUACAAGAACUACAUUAAGAAAACAAGACUAUUCCCUGAGGGGAGCAGGCACACUGUGAUAAGUGCCUGUUCAAAGACAAACAGCAAACAGUUGUGGUCAACGCUGCUCUUCUUUACACUGAUACCAAAACGCUGGAGAUGCUUUAGUUCUCAUCUGACUUCAAUAAAUGAAUCUGAGGCAUAAAUUCAAUAAGGAAGAUCUACUCACUCACACUUUGUCUCCAUUCCUGUCAGUUAAUAAGGGCUAGACUUUCUCAGGAGUCAUUUUUGUUGAGUUUAGUGUAACUGAAUCCUAUUUUUUUAACAUAUCAGACAAGCCCCCCCAAAAAAUUGUGCUGUUGUUGACAGAAUGUGAUUUGUUUUUGCCUUUGACAUGACAUGCUCUUGAAACACUGUGUGUCUAAUCAGAUUUUGUCUAUGAAAGAAUAAUGGAAACAGAUCUUAGUUCUGGCUUUAAUGAUGAAUUCUAUCAGUUUUAAGCAAUUUUGGCACAUAAAUAGAAAGUAUUCAAAACAAAAUAGGGAAAUUAUUCAUGCUGCAACAUGAAUGCAUCAAUUCUCCAACUUCAAUUGAAUUUCGACCAGUUUGAAAACAUUUUUUGGAUUGUCUGAACGCCCUUUCAGCUCAUUUAGUUGUUUAAAAGAAGCAGGCUGUGUUGCUCUUUGAAUACCCUCCCUGAGGUUUAGGGUGUUGUGAGCAAUAUUCUUGCUGACAUAUUAUCUGUCCAAAUAUUUUUCAAGUGAUAAAACCCCGAAGAAACAAUGACUUUAUUCGGUCCUGUCAUGAUUUCCUAAGAACACUGGAAUCCUUUCUGCCAAACUUUCCACAGUGGAUAUUUACAAUGUUCUAAUUUACAGUUCUUUAAAGGGUAGAUUUUAAUAUGUACAGUCAUGAUGAGUCAUUAAUGACGAUGAUUAUCAAAAGUUAAGACACACACAGGUUGUUUUGUCUUUUUGUCAGUGUGUAUAUUUUUCUUACAGACUGCCAAAUGCUGUCAUUAGUUUUUUCUGCAAAACAAAUCCACCCACAGAUAUUAAUACAGUAUCCUUGACCUUGUUACGGACAGAUGAUGAUAAAUCUAGCUGUUUGGGUCUUUUUCAGAAACAAAAACCCCACAACAUCUCGGGGUAAUUUUACACAUCAAAACUACCUUUAACACAGAAUUGCUUUGAAAUGCAGUCCACCAAGCUCCUAGCCUUAUAAGUUCAGUACUGUGCAAACAUUUUAGGUGUUUCUUAUCCGUCACACAGAACCAUCAGAGAGGCAUCAUGUCCUAAAUUCACUCUGCAGCAGUCGUCCCGAACGUUAAUCUUCACACCCAAAUAUUGAUUUGAUUCUGGUGUUUCAAUUUAAGUCCUUGUGUUUGAAAGCGUCCUCACUUUACCUUUAGUCCCUAAAGCGUGUGCACAGCUCCGUGCAUUUAACUGAAGUCCUGCACUGUAAAGCACAUUUUGGUUUUGUAAAGGGAUCGUGCUCCACCCAUCAAAUCUGGAGGAAAAAAUUAGACAGUAUUCUUUAUGCUUUAAAAUAAUAAAAGACUUUGCCACCAA